UCUAAAAAAAACACUUCAUAUUUCAAUUUUUUUUUCUACACGUCAGAUUGAUUAUUUCAAUAACUUAAAACCUGCCCCUGACAAUGUGGUUCAUUUUGCAAAAUACCACGUAAAAAAUUGUCCAGUCGUUUUUGAGUUCACGAAAAGUCUCAGAUAGAUGUUUAUCCACAUAGUUAUAAAAGUAAUCCACAGAGUCAUAUUACUCUAUGUGUUUAUCCGUUGAUUUGCACUGUCAUAGAUUUAUAUUAUCUGACUAUAUAAAUUCUGAGACUAUGACCGUUGCCCAUUGGACACCCAGUGAUCUAGUGCAUACUUAUAAACUCAUUAGUUAUUACCAUUCUUAGUUCAUGGUUAUUAAACUCAAUUGAGUUACAGUAGUUACAAGUUACAAUGGUAUUAUUAUAGUGUACAUGGUGUAAUUAGUACUUUCAGAAUAACAAAUACUAUAAAAUAUUAUAUCAGCUAAUAACUUACGAUUUAUUCAGUGGUUACUGGUCACACUGCAAAUAAUCCAUUUUCCACUACAUAAGUAAAAAUAUGAUGUAGCCACGUCCUGUCCACGGCUUGGUUGCAUUUAACCUCUUUGGUAACCACAUAUAUUGGUUAUUUGUCAAACGUAAUCCCCACCGAAUUUUGAUCCAGCUAUGUCCUUUCCAUAUAAUUCAGAUGAAGAGGAAUGUGCCGCCGCAGAAUACGGCAUUGACAACACAAUCGACCUGACCAUCGACAAUGAUAAUAUUUCAAUCGUUGCAACAAUCUCGGACGAAUCUUCGUAUGCAUCAACCGAUAUUACACCUGAUAGUCAGCAAGUAGAAUACAUAUUUGACUUAACUGAGGAUGAUACCAGCUCCGCAGAAAUAAGCUUAUUGGAUAAAUUACCUUUAGCUGAAUCAGACGUUACUACUCCGGUUAUUCACGACAACCAACCGAAUAUGAAUGUCACUAGUUCAAAACUGACGCUGGCAAAAAAGAUCAUUUGUAAGAGUUGUUUGAAUUUUAUGGUCAUAUACACAAAUUACAUAUAUUCAAGAUGUGUCUUCUGCAAUAAUGCCAUCUGACGAGGCUUUCAUAUGCCUACCGAACUAUAUACUCAAGUGAUAUAUAAUACUAUAUAGUAGUACCUAUCUUUUAUUUAAAAUUAAGAGAUUUAAUUUAUCCUACUUGAUAAUACUAAUUUUGAUUGUAUUUUGUUUAUUUAUAUUAAUAAAUUACUUAUAAGAUAUAAAUUAACAAUUAUAAACGUAUAAACAUUACUUAUAUUAUGAUUCAUACAUGGUACCUAUAAAUAUUUAUGUAUAUAUGUAAAUGUAUGUAUUUAUUUAAUAUUUAUGUAUUUAUGUAAGUGUAUGUAUUUAUUUAAUAUUUAUGUGUGUAUUCACUUAGUGGCAAUUGCUGUGCUCCUGUGCGUAUGGCCGUAUGGGUAUGAGGGUAUUAUGAAUCUGACACUGUCGAUCGAUUAUACACUAAUGCGUUUGCGGCGACCUGAUGCAGAUGUGAGUCAGGGCCUAAAAUUAAGAUAUUUUGCUACUGCACACCUAAUUCCACACCAAAGCAUUUUAAAAUAAUGAGCAUAGACCUAGUAGUGCACAUACCACACAUAACUUCAUUGCAUAAUUGUUUUUGCAAUUUAUUAAUAAUUAGUUAUAAUAAAUACAAUCUUAAACAGUCUUCUAUAUAAGUCAUUGAUACCUAUAUGGCUAUAAAUUAUGACUAAACAUUUUAAAAUUAAAAACGAAAUAGCUUGGGUUAUUAUACUUAUUAGAAUAUGGUGUAUUAUUUUUAGUGUUGAGGAUUUUAAACGAAUACAAUAUGCUAAUUAGUAAUUUCCAAUAAUCAAUAUUGAAUAUCAAUCAAAUAAAAAUUUAUAAAGUACUGCACACUUUUAAAUUUGCUACUGCACACAAUUUUAGGCCCUGACGUGGGUGAGGUGGUGUAUAUUAUAAAGUACCUUUUACAAGCGUAAAUUAUAUAUAUUUGUAUUAUAUUUUAGUGAAUAGUUUAUUCAGAUUCCAGCCAACGGCUUUGGCCGGAAGAUACUGAGUGCUAUAUUUGUUUGUGUGUGUACUCCUAGCUAUUACGGAUAGAAUGCGCAUUGUAUUUUCUAAAUAAUUAUAUUGUUUGUUGAUGGGAACAUGGAUACAAAUUUGUUUUUCCGCGAAGCCAAAUGAUAGUCAACACGAGAUCUUAAAAACGGCUUGAUCUACGAAGCUGACAUUUGGCAGGAAUAUAUAUUUUAUAUAAGUAGGAGAGGUCUCAGACGUCAGCUAAGAUAUUUUUUAAAUUCAACCCCUAUAUGUCUAAAAUAAGGGUACGCAAUAAGGUUAUAUCUUUGGACAGCCAUAUCUGAAGUUCUAUUACACUACUAUAAUUUAAAAGCAUCAUAAGAUUAUCAAGUAUAGACCUGACCCCCAUCAAAUUUCAAACACUAUAUUUUACACCUAUGCGUGUGGGUCUAUAUUGUCGUGGUCUUCAUUACAUAGAUAGUUAGUUCAUAGAAUAUACUAUAUGUCUAUACAAUGAGUAUACAUUGUAAAUACUAGUAUUUAUAAUUAAUGAUAGUCAUAGGCGUGCGCAGACUUUGUCGGCAAGGGGGGCCUCUUAAAAAUGUCUGAACCAAAGAUUCUUGUACUAAUGACUACCGUAAAAAGGGGAGACUUCGGACAUGUGGGGUGAAUUUUGAUAACACUAUGUUUUUUUAGUUAUCUUAUAAUUUUAGAAUACACGUUUAAUAAAAGUUGAAAACUGAUACUCUGCGUUAAUAUCUAUUAUAACCUCCAUAGAAAAUAAUAUUUUGGUAUUCCUUUCACUUGAAAGGGUUUACGAAGGAAUGGAGUUUUUAAAACAAACAAAUAUCCCUGAAGUGAAUUAUUAAGUUAUAGAGUUAGGUGUUGUCGUGUUGAAGAGUUUUUAACUCAAUAGUUGGAAAAAAUAUUAGGACACGGCAAAGGUUAUAGGUUAAAGAUAUAUUAUUUAUUUAAUAGAGUAAAGUAAUAAUUAGUGUGUAUAAUAUCAUAAUUUAUGUAAUUUCUUUAAAUUUAUAUUGUAUUUUUAUUGUGUAUUUGGUUUGACCUACCUAAUAGAAAUAUUAUACAUUUUUACCUGACU